GGGUAUUUUAUCAAGCGCCAUUUUGAUUGGCUGGUGUUUUUAUCGUAGGAAUCCGGUCCCAUCACGUUGUCAGCCGCUAGUGCGGAGGUAAUUCAAAGAAAUCCCUCCUUACACAACCUACAGUUUUGAUCAUUGACCCACGGACUUUUCCAGCUGACCAAAGAAAUGGUGAUGGAGAAGCCCAGUGCCCAGCUAGUGGGGCGGGAGUUUGUGAGACAGUACUACACACUCCUCAACCAGGCUCCCGACUACCUGCACAGGUUUUAUGGGAAGAACUCGUCGUACGUCCACGGCGGGCUGGAUGGCAACGGAAAACCUGUGGAGGCUGUUUAUGGUCAAUCUGAGAUCCACAAGAAGGUCAUGGCUCUGAGCUUCCGUGACUGCCACACUAAGAUCCGACAUGUGGACGCACACGCCACCCUGACGGAGGGCGUGGUGGUGCAGGUGAUGGGGGAGCUCUCCAACAACAUGCAGCCCAUGAGGAAGUUCAUGCAGACCUUCGUCCUGGCACCCGAGGGAACCGUUCCAAACAAGUUUUACGUCCACAACGAUGUGUUCCGCUACCAGGACGAGGUGUUCGGCGAUUCAGACUCGGAACCUCCAGAAGAGUCUGAGGAUGAGGUGGAGGAGCUGGAAGAGCGGGUUCCCUCCCCUGAUGUAGCCCAGGACGAUACGUCUGCCUAUUACGACCAGACCCCCUGUCCAGAGCCCGUGGUCCCGGAGGAGGAGGAGGAGGAGCUGGCCGUCAGCCCCGAGCCGGAGCCAGAGGCGGAGAAGGAGGCGGAGUCGGGCCCCGUCGACCUCAAACCGGAGGUGGUCCUGGAGGCGCAGGCGGAGCCCCACGCUGCAGAGGAAAGGACGGAGAAGAACCCCACGCCCGCGCCCGCCGCCGCCGCCGCAGAACCCGCCCCUACCCCCGCAGAACCCACCCCCGCCGCCCCCGAGGAGAACCGGCCGUUCUCCUGGGCGUCGGUCACCAGUAAGAACCUCCCCCCCAGCGGCGCCCUGCCCGUCUCGGGGAUACCGCCGCACGUCGUCAAAGUAGCGCCCGCUGCACCGGCCAGAGUGGAGGUGAAGCUGGAGUCUCAGACAGCAGCACAGCGGCCACAGAGGGACAUGAGGCCCCGGGAACCCAGGCCUGGAGGGCCCCCGCCGGUCAACAGAGGGCCACGGCCAGUGCGCGAGGGCGAACCGGGUGAGCCGGAGAUGCGGCGCAUGGUGCGGUACCCAGACGCCCAUCAACUCUUUGUUGGGAAUGUCCCCCACGACGUCGACAAGUCGGAACUCAAGGAGUUCUUCGAACAGUACGGUACAGUCCUGGAGCUGAGGAUCAACAGCGGAGGGAAGCUACCCAACUUUGGCUUCGUGGUGUUUGACGACUCUGAACCCGUGCAGAAGAUCCUCAGCAACAGGCCAAUCAAGUUCCGCGGUGACGUGCGUCUCAACGUCGAGGAGAAGAAGACCCGCUCGGCCCGCGAGGGCGACCGGCGGGACAUUCGACCCCGGGGCCCGGGAGGUCCCGGGGGUCCCAGGGAGAGAAUAGGCGGAGGCGGGCCCCGCGGGGGCAUGUCCCAGAAGCCCAGCUUUGGUUCCGGCCGGGGCGCCGGUCCCGGUGAGGGACGCUACGCCGGCCCCCGCCAGUGAGGGAGCCCUCGGUGUGUGGUGGUGGUGGUGGAGGAGGAGGGGCCCCCAGCCUGAGAUGAAAUACUACCAGGGGUUUACAAUUGGUCCCAAACGUUGUUGUUUUUUUGUUUUUACUUGUCGGGCGCAGCAGGUAGACGGACGGGUCGCAGGACAGUAAGCAUGGAGUCAGGUGCAGCACCGAGCCAGUACAGCGUCAGAGGGAGUGUUAAGGCCCCGUCCCAUUUCUACCCCUUACCCCUCCCCCUUACCCCUCCCCCUUGUUUUGAAGGGUUAAGGGGAAGGGGGAAGGGGUAGAAAUGGGAUUGGGCCUUAAGUGUCUCCGUGGCGUCACCCACCCCUCCCUCUCUCGACUAGCCCAGACCGAGCUCUGCAUACUACCCUGUGGUACUUGGUUCGAGUGUCCUGCUCAGUAUUUGACCCUGGUUUUGUCCGAGGGCCUCUGCUACUCACCCCCAGCACCUGCUGAAGUCUCCCGUCGGUCUCUCUACAUCUCUCUAAAGGAAGAUGGCUGAUGUUCCUUUCCCUCCCUCGUGCUACAUCCCUCCUUCCUCUCCCUCCAUCUCUCACAGAUCACCUGGACUUUCUCCGUUAUAUUUGUUCCUUUUCUCUUAUUUUUAUUUUUCACACCGAACUCAAAAUUUGUUAAGACGAAGAAACAAAUUUAAAAAAAACAUGCAUACAUGGGAAUAAAAAAGGAUAAAUAAAAGCCAAAACUACUUGAAUUGGGGAUUUAAGAACCCAGAUGUGUUCGCGUUCUCUCCCUGUUUCUUAAAGGAACGUGUACUUUACUGCUUGAGCAAUCCUGUGUAUUGCUGCCUCCAUCUGACUCGGAUGGACCUGUCCUGUCUGUCAUCUAUCUGGUUUGAGAAAUGGAAAACGGUUGAGCUGUUGCUGUUUUUGUUUUUUUGUUUUUUUAUUUAGUGGUCUGACUCGUAAAGGCCCCGUUGUUGACGGCAUUUGAAUGAGUCCUGGAGUAUGUAUCAAAUCCUGUUAGCCUUCUACUACCGAUGCACUUCAUCAAUUUGUCAUGUUUGAGAAAAGAAAAAACCAAGCUUACCCACCGAUGAGAGAACUAAAUAAAGUGAUUUACUGUUCUAAACAUUUGUCUUGUGAAC